AUGUGCACUUCACUCCUGAUCUGGUUCACUGCCGACGUGAUAUCCCAGCAGAUUGGAGACACAGAAUACGAUGCGGCACAAACCGGACGGAUGUUGAUCAUCGGAGGCUCAGCAUCGAUUCCUAUGUUCUCGUUCAUCUCCACCCGUGUUCAGGUCAGAUCUGGGCUCCCUAAGGUCAUCAACACUAUCCUUACCGCCACGAUACGUACAGCUAUUACAUGCUGCUUCAUAACACCAGCCAUGAGUGCCUACUUCUUCAGCAUGCAUUCUAUAAUGUUAGGAAACAGUAUGGCAAGCACCUGGGAACAUCUGCAGUACACUUUCCCAAAGAGUCUGGAAUGGACGUUCCGAUACUGGCCCAUGGUCAAUGUCAUAAACUUCUCUUUAAUACCUAUACAAUUCAGGGGAAGUUUCCAGGCAUUGGCGGGCCUGGUAUGGCAAACUUAUUUGGCUUGGUUGAACAGGCGCACGAUGGACAUGGAGAAGGUUGAGGAGGGACAGUGCGAGUGUACAGAAGAGUCCAAUGUGCUGAUGAGUCAGGCACCGCUGGAAGCCCCAAUUGAGUUUUGA